AUGAGCCGCAACCUUUUUUCUCUUACUGUUGUCCUGUGCCUGGCACAGGCGGCCACGGCUACCGCGCCUCCGUCAUGUUACCGGACGUCCAACUACUUCCGAACACAUUUCAACGACACCAGCUACGUAUUGGAACAACCGACUGUCUCAAGUGCUUACUUACAAGUGUGUGGAAAGUCGCAAGAGACGUGUUGUCACGAAAACUCCGAACCACAACUGGUGACCGUGGGUAGAAGUAUGUACGACGACAAACUGCAGACUUCGUUGAAAACCCUAAGCGGCAUGUACAAAGAGAAAGCUGCGAAAUUCGAUGAGUACUUCAAAGAUAUGCUGAACAAGGCCAGGAUGGGUUUCCACGACAUGUUCAAAAAGACGUACGGAAUGAUGUACGAACAGAACUCGUACCUGUUCCAGGAUCUGUUCCGGGACCUGGAAAAGUAUUACGACGCUGGCAACACGAACAUUGUCGAGGUGUUGGAAAACUUCUUCUCCGUUCUCUGUCAGAAAAUGUUCACUGUCAUGAACAGCCAAUUUACGUUCGACGCCAAGUAUUUGGUGUGCGUCAGCGAGAGCAUGUCGGAGGUAGCACCCUUUGGYGACGUGCCAGACAAACUUUCAGCGCCGCUGAAAAGGUCAUUUGUCGCUUCCAGAACGUACGUCCAGGCACUGAAAAUAGCCGGUGACAUUUUGGCCAACAUAAACAAGAUGGCGCCCACCCAAGAGUGUUUGGUUGGUUUCACCAGAAUGACCCAAUGUCCGGCUUGCAGAGGACUGCAGGACAGCAAAGCCUGUAACGGAUAUUGUUUAAACGUCAUGAAGGGAUGUCUUGCGUAUCACUCGCAGCUCGAUCAAGACUGGAAUGCAUUUUUGGAUAUCAUGGAGAAAGUGAAAAAACGUCUACUAGGACCAUUCAACAUCGAACUGGUCGUGAUACCGAUCAACGUGAAAAUAUCCGAAGGAAUWAUGAACUUCCAAGAGAAUUCUCAGAAGGUUUCGCAAAAGGUGUUCGCCAACUGCGGUAAACCGACGUUGGAACCGUCACGCCGGCGCCGUCGCCGCCGCGACGUGUUGUACAAUGGCGACGACUACUACGACUAUCAACAAGGACGGGUGAUGAACGACGGYAAGAACAAGGACGCCGGUGAGGACGGCGAGGAYGACGACGACGACGAGGACGACGAAGACGACGAAUACGACGAGGUGAAACCGGCGGUGCCGACCCAGCCCAGAAACGAGAAAAAAGAAAACGUCCCGGAAGAGGGCGGCGAACGAAAGAAUAAGCAGCAACAACUGCCGCAGAGGAAGAACAAGAACAAUAACGGACCUAAGAACGGCGCCGGAAGUGGUGGAAACAAGAACAGGAAAAAGAACAACAAGAACAACGGUCUCGAAGACGAAGAAGAAGACCAAGGAGGUCCAGCUUUCGCGUUCCACAGGCUGCUCAAGGACAUCGGCACCCACGUGUCGUCUACGAAAAACUUCUGGAAGAGGUUGCCGUACGAGGUGUGCAACAACGAUGUGGCCGUGAUCGAGACUGUCCAGAACUCCAGUUGCUGGAACGGAUCUGCAUUGGCCAGCUACGGCAAGGAGGUGAUGAGGGAUGGCAUCAAGAACCAGAAGAGGAAUCCCGAGGUGCCGGUGGAUGUGACGCGGCCGAGCAGCCUGCUCAACGAACAGGUGUACGCGCUCAGGGCCCUGAUCAACCUGCUCAAGAACGCGUACCAGGGGCUGGACGUUGAGUGGGACAUGGAGGAGGUGUUCCACGGCGGCGAGUCGAGUGGCGCCGGAGCGAUAGCGUCGUCGGGCGACGGUUCCGGCGACGAGGAUUCAGACUCCGGCGGCGGCUACAUGUCCUCUACGCCUCCAGCCACGACGGCCACCAACGCGGCCGGUACGACGACGCCCUCGCCGACACGGACGGCCACAGACCCGUCCGACGGAGGAGAUGGUUCCGGAUCAAGCGCCGGCCACAAGGCCAAACCGACGCUCCAAAAGGCGCUGGUCACGUACCUGUUGCCAGUCGUCGCCGUCUGGUUCGGCGGCUCGUUCCUCGAGUGGAUUCUGUGAGCGGGCAAACGAUAUUGUCCGUCGCGGUUUUUCUAUAUAUUUUAUUAUUUUUUUUUUAACUCUUGUCGUUCUCGGACGGUGCCAUAAAUGAUGAAGAAAAAAACAACAACAAAAAAACGUUCAGCGCGUGUUGUUUGACUGUGAUAAUUUUUUUCUUUUCGUGUACAAAUUUAUUCGUUAAGUAUAGCGUAAUCGCGUGUAUGUGGCCCGGCGCGACUACCUCAAUUCCUCGUAGUCAUCCUCGGAUGGCACACGGGCCGGCCCUAGACUUCACUCGAGUAACCUGUAACCAGAGAGUCUUCAUCGAAAGUAUAAUAUAAAAUUAACAGUGACGUUACUUUAUAAAUGGUAGUUUGUUAUGUACGACUACACAUAAUACCUAACAUCGUACGUAAGACACUAACAUAAUAUUAUUGAUUAUAAUUUAUUGUUAUUGUAAUGUAUUCGUUUUAGUUUUAAUCGUAAUAUAAGUGUAAUAUUAUAUUAUAUUCAAAUAUCUCAUAGUGCAGCUCAUAAUUGGUUGUUAACAUUGUUAUGGUUAAGAAUUUAAUAAACGUAUAAAUCCCGAUWGAUAGUAGAUACGUUACACACUCGAUACGCCGACAUUACAACGUAUAUGAUAUUAUUAUCAUUUUUAUAAAUUUAUUUUAAAUUACCAUGUUUUUAACUGUAAUGCAUUGGGUCCCAAAACUCUUUCGGUCAUACAAAGGUAUUUGACUUGCACCACCUCCUGUUGGUGUAUUUUGUUUAUGAUGAUUUUUUUUAUUUGUUUUAAUUUGUAAGUGAAUUAGUCUAGUCAACAUUCUCAUAAAUUGUAAAAAUGUAGUAAACAAAGGAAAAAUGUACAAUAUCGAUUUUCAUUUAUACAAUUUUUUUUC